AAACUCUUAAAAAGGAGGAGGUCCGCUCUCCUCCCCUCUCCGCGGAAAGCCUGGAAGAAUUGCGCUCCGUCAGUGCGCCCUGCCUGCCAGUCGGAGGAUGGGGAUUUUUUUUUUUUUUUUUGCCAUUCAUCCACGUCCCCCUUUCCCCUCCUCCUCCUCCGCCUCCUCUCAAACAAGCCAGUCGCUCUGUCAGUGCGCUGUGAGCAUUAGGGCGAGUCAAACCGGUGGGAUUUCGAGGCGCACAGACGGAUGAGAUAACGCACGGAGCGCGCUCCUCGGGCCGAUUGGUUUCUGCUCUCCAAACGAUGCGCUCCGUUUGAAAGACAUCCGUUUCCAGGCGGGACUGAAGCCCACUGAGUCGCAUCUUUGAUUUUCUUCAUCACUUCACAAGUUUCACGCCGGUCUGUGUGCCAUGGUUAGAAUGCACUCGCUUUUAUAGCUCUUCAGUUUUAUCAUCUGAAUUUGCUCUCGGAUUAUUAUUAUUAUUUUUUGGAGUUGGAUUUUCAUUUUCCAUAAAAGAAAACCGAAGGACAUUUACUGGAUUUACAGCCUGUGUGUUUUCUAUUAAAAGAGAGAGAGAAAAAAGGAUUGUACUGGACUCCCAGAGCUUCAACGCGUCUCUUUUAUGAGGAUGGAGCUGUGGAUACAAGUGGCAUCAUUCUUAUUUUAACCAUUUUCCCAACUGUUUUGUUUUUGUUGCUGCCUUCAUCUCCUAAACAAAUUGAUAAUAUUGAAAUUCAUCUGGGCCAGAUAUGCUGGGAGGUGAGAGAACAAGGUAAUGGGAGAGAAAUCAGACAGAGAGAGCCAAAGAGAACAAGGGAACGUUGUUCAGCGAGGAAAACAGACAAUUAGAGCGCAAAGACUGCUUUCUGGAGGCGAUAAUCUGUGAAAAUAUCAAAUUCAGUGGAUAUCUGCUCGAGCUCUAAUGAUUUUUUGGAAGAAACUGUUUCUAAUGAGACAUUGAUGGGAAAGUCAUGGGAAAGGCUCUUAAAUAGUGCGCAAAAGAACCUGUCGAUUUGGAGACCAGGACGCACGGAUUGAGCAAGUUUCCGCUGCCUACUGAAGAAACUGUUUUUAUUUCCAGCAUUUCGGAUCCAUGUGGUUGCGCGUGACUAUCUUUUUGAUCUUACUUUAACUCACAGAAACAUUUAAUUUCGAUUAGUUGUUUUUUUUUUAAGAAAAAAGACAAAAUAAUCAGCUGUGCGUGCCCCAGUCGACCAAUAUUGCUGCUUUCUUUUAGAUGGGGCAGUACAUGCUGGGUGUCAGGGUUGAGAUGGCGUGUCGAAGGAGCGGGAAUGGAUUUUGGAUCCUGAUGGUAUUCCUACUGGAUUUACUGGGAACGACCGCCAGCAACAUGGAGCCCAUCUACUGGAAUUCCCUGAACGAAAGGUUUAGGGACGACAAGGGCUAUGUUCUCUACCCUCAGAUCGGGGACCGGCUGGACCUCAUCUGCCCCCCGCUGGACACGGCCAGGUCCACGCCAGAGUACGAGUUCUACAAACUCUACCUCGUGUCGUCGCGGGAACAGGCCGACCGCUGCGAGGUGCUGGGCACGCCCAACAUCGUCCUGACGUGUGACGAGCCCACGAGGGAGCGCCGCUUCACCAUCAAGUUCCAGGAGUUUUCACCAAACCUCUGGGGCCACGAGUUUAAGAGCAUGCACGACUACUACAUCAUCGCUACAUCAGAUGGGACGCGCCAAGGCCUGGACAGCAUGAGAGGGGGCGUAUGUGCUACAAAAGGCAUGAAGGUGGUCCUGAAAGUGGGACAGAGCCAGUACGGACUGCCCCCGAAAAAGGACCAACCAGCGGGACGCACCACCAGUAGAAUCCCAGGGGGAAACUCAACCCACACUCGAGGGCCGUUUGGAGAUGGCGGCGAAGGUGAAAAUGGACCUCUAGCGCCACCCAACAUCGCCCUUAUCGCCGGUGCAGCCGGAGGCUCCGCCUUUCUCUUACUGGUCACUGCUGUGAUCUGCAUUGUGUGCUACCGCCGGAGGCAUGCCAAGCACUCUGACACCCACCACCCACCGCUGUCGCUCUCGUCCCUCACCAGCCCUAAGCGCGGCGGUGGUGGUGGGAUAUCCAGUUCCAACAACAAUGGCUCAGAGCCUAGCGACAUCAUCAUCCCCCUGCGGACGUCAGACUCGGCUUACUGCCCGCACUACGAGAAGGUGAGCGGGGACUAUGGGCACCCCGUCUACAUCGUCCAGGAGAUGCCGCCUCAGAGCCCCGCCAACAUUUACUACAAAGUAUGAGACAGCCGUCUGGACACUCCCGCCUUCCUUCAACCACAACCAGCCAAUCACGCCCAACAUCUCCCAAAUGAAGCCACUGAAAAGUUUGCCAUCAUAGCUCCAAGCUGGAAUGUCUCAGUAGUACCAGUUUUGUCCUUUGAAACCCCUCACCCCACUUGCCCCGGCCACUGUUGUGUUUCUAGCUGAAUAAACCCUCCUCCCCCCUUAACCCCUAUUUCACACAACUGGGCCAUUAGGUGUGUUUAAGGGGUGAUAUUGUAACCGCACAUAGCCCUUCCUAACAAGGCCCUUAAAAUUGGGCAAGAGGCUCUGAAUUCCCCCGUCUUUUUAACUCAGAGCCAAAUGAGCCCCCCCACCCUUUAAUGUGGCACACACCCUUUUUCUAAGAGUGUGAACCUGGUGUUGGGAUGUUUUAAAAAAAAAAAAAACGACUGAAAGGACUUUUUAAAAAGGACUAUGCUCCUGGACCCACUUGGCAACGAUGAACUCUGAGUCUCAGAGACCAACGCCCGCCUUGCCCACCACCCCACCUCCCUUUUAGAUCUCUAUCAUCCAAUCUGAGACGAGCCCCCUGCCGCUAACUCGACAAUAGCCUCCUAGUUUGUUCGUGUUUGUUUAAAUCAAGAAAAAAGGCUAUGGGGCCUCGGACUCACACCCCGAGCCCAGACCAGAUUCCCGGACGGCGUCUGGUCAAUCGGUGACUCGCAGAAUCGUGUAUAUUUUAAUAAAAUGUGUGUUUGUGUGACUGUGUGCAACGGAGCAGAACAGUUGGGUAAUAAUUAUGGCGCUGCUGCUGCUGCUCCAAAUUAGAGUGAAGUUAGUGUGCUUCAGCAAGUUUGCAUACACUUCAGUGUGUGCGUGCUUUUCUGUGUGUGUGUGUGUGUGUGUGAGCGUGCGUGCUCUUUAGACUCGUCUCAAAUACCAAAACACAAAAUAGUGAGCGAAUAUCAAAAAACUGAGAUUUUUUAUGGCUAUCAACACUUAUAGAUUAUAUAUAUGAAUAUCCAGUAAAUAAUUUGUAGAUGGUUUUUUUAUUGGUUUAUUAUUUUUACCCACUCUAUUAAACUACACUUAUGUUUCUAAAUGUUUUCAUUAGCUUUUUCGUUUUUUGACUAUUUUCCACACUUUUACCUCUAUAUUUUAGUGCCUUACGAAAGUAUUCACACCUCUUAGACUUUUUGGAGAUUUUGUUACACUAUAAACAUAAACUCCCAAUGUUUUAAUAUGAUUUUGUAGAGCUUUUUUUGAGGUAGGUCAACACAAAUGGGUGCAUAAUUGGGAAUUUGUAGCCCUAUUUUCUCGAACACUACUUAAAUAAAUCUAGUGCAUUGGCAUAUAAAUGCUAAAUCUAGUGCAUUGCUAUAGAAUUCUUGUCACUCCAAGACUAUUAGAGAAAAACCAAAUACAUUUGGGCCCUGUCUUUAUGCUAAGGCACACUUUGUAUUGAUCUAUAAAAUAAAAUUUUAUUUAAUGUUAUAUUAUGACAAAAUCUAAAGAGUUUAAGGGGUACAAAAACUUUUGUAGAGCACUGUGCAUCCUCUGUUUAAAGAAGUUGUUUCUCUGUUUUCAUUCUCUCCCUCCUCCUCCCCGAGGUCGACUCUGUAUAUUUUUAUAGCUCAUCGUACUAUGCUGUAGUUUUGAGGUCUAGACCUCAUUUUCGUGGAAGUGUUGAGGUAGAACCAUCAAUGGAAGUUUUUUUUUCAGUUAUUUUUUUAUUUUAUUUUUAAAAGGCAGAUGUAAAAGAAGCUGUGGUGGGGGGGUGGCAGUGGAGGACGGGGAAGGGGGAAGGUUUAAGAGAGAGGAUGAAGUGAAAAAAAGAAGUACAGAGGAGAGAGAAAGAGCGCCGUCUCGGGAGGAGGAAUGAAGCAGCUUCUGAAUGCAAAACUUUAAGGAAAAGAGAAAAAUGAGCGGAAGGGUGAUGAGGAUUGACAAGACUGUGAAGCAAACAGGCAAAAAAAAAAAAAGGAGCAGCUGGACUAAUAGAUGAAGGAUCCAGUGGAAGGAAGGAAAGACGGACAGAAAGCACAUGAAAGAGUGGCUGGCACAAGAGGAGAAACCUCUGAGGUGCUGGACUGUCAGCCAAAA